AUGUCGUUGACAAAUUGCCGAUUCUACGAGGAGAAAUAUCCUGAGGUGGAUAGCUAUGUCAUGGUCAAUGUCAAGCAGAUCGCCGAGAUGGGUGCAUACGUGAAGCUGCUCGAAUACGACAACAUUGACGGCAUGAUCCUGCUCUCUGAACUUUCGCGACGACGUAUCCGCAGUAUCCAGAAGCUCAUCCGUAUUGGACGCAACGAGGUUGUCAUUGUGCUUCGUGUCGACAAGGAGAAGGGCUACAUCGAUCUGUCCAAGCGACGUGUCUCCCCCGAGGAUGUUAUUAAGUGUGAGGAGCGGUACAACAAGAGCAAGGCGGUGCACUCGAUCAUGCGCCACGUCGCUGAGGCGACCCAGACCCCUCUCGAGACCCUCUACCAGCAAAUCGCCUGGCCCUUGAACCGCAAAUACGGCCACUCUCACGAUGCCUUCAAGCUCUCUAUCACCAACCCUGAAGUUUGGAAUGACACCGAGUUCCACAGCGAGGCUGUGAAGAAGGAACUUCAAAUUUACAUCAGCAAGAAGCUCACUCCCCACCCCACUAAGGUCCGUGCCGAUAUCGAGGUUACCUGCUUCGGAUACGAUGGAAUCGACGCUGUCAAGACCGCCCUGCGCACCGCCGAGGCCGACAACACCCCCGAGAACCAGAUCAAGGUCAAGCUUGUGGCCCCUCCCCUCUACGUCCUGACCAGCCAGUGCCUGGAUAAGACUAUGGGUGUUCAGAUGCUGGAGGUCGCUAUUCAGAAGAUCGAGGCGAACAUUAAGGCGGCCGGCGGUAACUGCACCGUCAAGAUGGCCCCCAAGGCUGUCACUGAGCACGAUGAUGCUGUUCUCGCUGAACUCAUGGAGAAGCGCGAGCGUGAGAACCAGGAGGUCAGCGGAGACGAGGACUCCGAGAGCGGCGAUGACGAGUAA